AUGUCAGGUGCCAAGGCUGCCCUCAAGGCUAUUGGUGACUCUGUGAAGCAACAGAAAUGGGACGAUGCCAUUCAGAAGGCAACUGAGUUCCUCGAGAAAGAGCCAAAGAACUACCAGGCAACAAUCUUCCUAGCCUUUGCGCUUGACAAGAAGAACCGCGUCGAUGACUCCGAGAAAGCUUACAAGUCGGCUUCAUCGCUGCGGCCGAACGAUAGCCAGGCAUGGCAAGGCCUCAUAAAGCUCUACGAGAAGCAGGACCGCAAACGCCUGAGCGCAUAUCAGCAAGCUGCCAUCAGCUUGGCCGAGAUCUACCGCGAUGCCGACGACAUGUACAAGUGCCAGGAUGUUAUUGAUAAGUUUAUCGACUUCGCGAGAUCUCAAGGGGAUACCUCGCAGUAUGUCGAAGCUCUUAGCGUCAUCCUUCCGGGGAGCCCCAUCUAUCCUGCCCUGGAGGGCCGGGUUCCGCACCCAGCCAAGACUUACGAAACGAUGGCACAGAUCAUUGAAGCCGACGAGAAGAAGCGUAUCAACACCCUCAUCGGCGAGCGCCGGACGAGAAUCGGCGCGCGCUUGAACGAUGUUACACUUGAGGUCAAGCGCGAAGUCAUGGGCCAGAGCAAGCUCGAGUUCGUUUACCAGCAGCUGAUCAACUGGACGAACGAUGACGAACUUCGGCGAAAGUAUGAAGAGAAGCUCCUUCAAUAUUGCUACGAUCGUCUUCUGGUAUCACCCACCGGUCCAGAGAAGGGUGCGGCUCUCCAAGCUGUUUUGAAAUUGGCCCUCGACAUGGUCAUCAUCAAGCACCCGUUCAGACUAGCCUGGGAAAUUGCCAUUGACUGGAAGGAUGCAAAGGAAAUUAAGGAAUGGGACGUCAACAUGUUGAGAGACUACUGCACGUUCUUCCCUGAGACCGACCUCUACAAAGUCAUCACCGGCUUCUUGACGAGCAGCAUCUCGCCUUUCCCCAAGCCGACACCAGCGGCCCUGGAAGCGGAAGAAACUGAAGACGAGAGUGAGGAUGACGAGGGUGGUGGUGUUUCCAUGGUGCCGCUGACGGAACAGGAUAGAAUCCUGAUGAUGACAGAGGGUAUCACUACGUCCAACUCGCUCUUCGCUCACCGCUUGAUGGGAGAGUACUACCAGCAUCUGGAGGAAUAUGAGAUCACCGUGGAGUUGAUGCGCAAGUCGAUGGAGCAUCUCAAGACGGAAAGGAUAAAGACUGGAAUGACCUUCCAGAACACCCACGACGCUUACUCCUUGUACCUGGCCACGGCUCUGGUCUUCUACCAGUCUCCUCGACACCACGCAGAGGCGAAAACCCUGUUCGAGGGAGUCCUCAGUCACGACCCGUCAUCAACUGCAGCACUGAUUGGCGUUGGUCUUAUUUAUGAAGAGGAAGAGGAUUAUGACGACGCUAUCGAUUUCUUCGAGCGUGCCUUGAAGAGAGACCCCUUCAACCUGCGGGUUAAGACUGAAGCUGCAUGGGUCCAAGCUCUGAAGGGGGAUUACGAGACGGCCAAGACGCAGUUGGAAGACUGUCUGCCUCUUAUUGAGAAGGUGUCGCCGCCUGCCAAGGAGCUCCUCGCGCAAACACAGUACCGGUUGGGAUCCUGCGUCUGGAGCCUCGACACAUCAAAGGCAGCCCGCAAGAGCCGUACGGGUGCUUACAUGUACUUCUUGGACGCGCUGAAAAACAACCUCAACUUCGCGCCAGCCUACACCAGCCUCGGUGUCUACUACGCUGACUACGCCAAAGAUAAGAAGAGAGCCCGGCGCUGCUUUCAGAAGGCUGUCGAGCUUUCAUCCUCCGAGGUUGAAGCCGCCAAGCGUCUUGCGCAAUCAUUUGCGGAUGAAGGCGACUGGGAUCGAGUCGAGCUCGUGGCCCAACGUGUGGUUGACUCGGGCAAGGUCAGGCCGCCUCCGGGCUCAAAGAGAAAGGGCAUCAGCUGGCCUUUUGCUGCGCUUGGUGUUGCGGAAUUGAACAAGCAGGAUUUCCACAAGUCCAUUGUCUCUUUCCAGUCAGCUUUGAGGAUUCACCCAGAGGAUUACCACUCCUGGGUUGGCUUGGGUGAGAGCUAUUAUUCCUCAGGCCGAUUCAUUGCAGCCACCAAAGCCAUUCUCAACGCACAAAAACUUGAGGAGACCAUACCUGCCGAGACGCUUGGCGACACAUGGUUCACCAAGUACAUGCUUGCUAAUGUUAAGCGUGAACUGGCUGAAUUCGAUGAAGCCAUCGCCCUCUACCAGGAUGUUAUUGAUGGUCGUCCCAACGAGGAUGGAGUUGCUAUUGCUUUAAUGCAAACCAUGGUCGACAAUGCACUGGAUUGUGUCGAAAAGGGCCUUUUUGGUAAGGCAGUGCACCUCGCCAUUGACACCAUCGACUUUGCCUCAAAGGCAGCCGCCACUGUCAUCGAAACCUUCAACUUCUGGAAGUCUCUCGCCGACGCUUGCUCCGUUUUCUCCGCCGUUCAGAACCGGGCGGUUGAUUUCCCGGCAGAGUUGAUCAUGACUCUCAUCGAUGGUGGCGACAAGGAGGCAUACACCCUCUUUGCUGAUGUCGACAACGUCGGCACUGGGGUCAUUGCUGCAAAGGGACUAUUCUCCGAAGAUGAGAGGCUUGGUGUUGACUUGACAAGAUGUAUCCAUGCAACAAUCCUCUGCCACAAGCGCGCUAUCCAUGUCUCGGCAAACGACCUUCAUGCCCAGGCAGUUGCCUACUACAACUUGGGCUGGGCUGAGCACCGAGCCCACAUUUGCUUACCUUCGAGCAUCAGGAAGAAGUCGAGCGUGUACUUGAAAACUGCCAUGAAGUGUUUCAAGAGAGCCAUCGAGCUUGAAGCUGGAAACUCUGACUUCUGGAACUCUUUGGGUGUUGUGACGAGCGAGGUCAGUCCCGCCGUGUCGCAGCACUCAUUCGUUCGAAGCCUACACUUGAACGAAAGAAGCCCAGCAGCCUGGACCAACCUCGGAACCUUGGCUCUUCUGCAGAAUGACAUGCAACUCGCCAACGAGGCCUUCAACCGGGCGCAGUCUACGGAUCCCGACUAUGCACAUGCCUGGCUUGGCCAAGGCUUCGUGGCUCUCCUCUACGGGAAGACAAAGGAAGCAAGGGGCUUGUUCACCCAUGCCAUGGAGAUCGCCGAGGCUUCAUCUGUCCUCACCAGACGCCAGUAUUCGGUGGCUGUAUUUGACCAUAUCCUGACGACUACAUCCAUCAACAUUGCGUCUCUUAUCCAGCCGAUCUUCGCUCUUGGCCAGCUCAACAACUUGAAGCCCCAAGACUUGGCAUACGGACAUCUUGCGACCCAGUUCCUCGAGCGAACGCAAGAUACCGCCAAGGCGGUCCAAAUUCUGGAGAAAAUCUGCCGCAUAUUGGAAGCCGAAUAUGAAGUAACGGAAUCGCCGCAGGCACUGGCCCAGUUUGCGCUGGCCAAGACUGACCUGGCAAGGUCCUACCUGGCUUCCGGUGCUUACGAGCAGGCCAUCGAGUGCGGCGAGAUGGCAAUUCAGCUGAGCAACGACGAGUCCGACAACGAACUGACCAAGGAACAACGCAAGAAGGCGCGUCUUUCCGCCCAUUUGACGGUCGGAUUGGCGCAAUACUACAGUGAAGAUGUCAACGAGGCGCUUCUUUGCUUCGAGUCGGCACUCGAGGAAUCCGACAACAACCCCGACGCUGUCUGCCUCCUUGCACAGGUUCUGUGGGCGACGGGCGCAGAUGAGUCUCGUGAGAAGGCUCGUGGAGCUCUCUUUGAAGUGAUUGAGAAGCAGCCCGAUCACGUCCAGUCCGUUCUUCUGCUUGGAGUCAUCGCCGUCCUCGACAACGACGAAGAGUCUGUCGAGGCGGUUGUGGCCGAGCUUCAAGGCCUCCGGACCAGCCACAAGGCUGGGGAUAUUGAACAGUCUCACAUCGGAGAGGUGCUGGGGGCCAUCGCCCAGCUCGGGGAGACGAGCACGGAUGAGGAUGUCAUGACCCAGAUUCAGACAGACAUCAUGCUGUGCCCUCACUUGCCUCACGGCUGGUCGAACCUGGCGGAGUUUGGCGGAGAGCAGCAUGCUGCUGAGAUGGCGUUGACGGUGGCGAAGAAGGGAGCGCCGCCUAGAGGAGCGCUUGAGGCAGAGGACCUGGCCAAGGCAUAUGCGGGUACGGGAGUCGCUGCGGAUGCCCAGACGGCCAUCUUCUUAUCGCCCUGGAAGACUGAUGGAUGGAACUCGCUGCGGGAGGCUGUUUAUGGCAACUAA